AUGACGGCGGAUCGAUUAAAGACUAAAGGACUAAAGGAGCAUACAAAAACAAAUCUUUAUGAAUGGUUUCAUGAUGAAAAUUUUCUAAUAAAGCUAGCAUACCUCUCUGAUAUUUUCAACAAGUUAAACGAAACGAACUUGAGUUUACAAGGAAAAAAAACUUCGAUCUUUCAAGCCAAUGAUAAGAUUAAAGCUCUCAUUGGAAAGUUGGACUUUUGGGUCGAAUGUGUACAAGAAAAUGAUUUUUCAUGUUUCCCCAACCUGAAUAAAUUCUUAUAUGAAAAUGAAAGCUCAGUGACACCGAUAAAUGCAGAAAAAAUAAAAGACCGUUUAAUUAGUUUAAAAUCUGGAUUACUUUCCUACUUUCCAAGAUUAAAUGAAGAUUUUGAUAAUUUGUGGGCACAAAAUCCAUUUUUAAUUCAGAAAAAGCCAANCUUGAAAUAA